AUGCGUCUCCAAUUCUCCCAUUUUGUGGCUGGCUUAGUCUUCCCGUUCGCCGGGAUGGCUUUGCCUACAAAUGAUGCAGAAGACGUACCGUAUCAUCUAAGAGGGAAGCGUUCAUUCGUCGAACGGAAUGGCGUCAAAAGGACCAUAUUCGAGCAUGAGGCCACUGGAGCGAAGCUAGAUUUCGUGGCCAACUCUGGAAUCUGUGAGACUACUCCAGGUGUGAAGCAAUACUCGGGAUAUGUAUCUGUUGGCACCAAUCAGAAUAUCUGGUUCUGGUUUUUCGAAGCUCGACACAACCCAGAUACCGCCCCUCUUGCGACCUGGUUUAACGGUGGACCAGGUUGCUCGUCGAUGAUUGGCCUGUUCCGGCCAUUUGAGACGGGGUUCUCUUAUGGAACAGGCCCGGUUACUUCCACCCUAACUGCCGCCCCAUACGUCUGGGCAUUGCUGCAAGCAUUCUUUGCCAAUUUCCCCCAAUACCAGAACCGCGACUUUGGACUUUUUACCGAGUCAUACGGGGGUCAUUACGGACCAGCAUUUGCAUCCUACUUUCAGUCCCAGAACGCAGCAAUUAAGUCCGGCACGGUCAAGGGGCAGAAUGUCAAUCUUGUAGCCCUCGGCAUCAAUAAUGGCUUGUUUGACGCGGCCAUAAGCUACAAGUCCUACAUUGACUUCAGCUACAACAAUACUUACAAGCAGCUCAUUUCUUUACCUCAACAUACCCUGCUCAUGGACAACUAUAUGGGGUACUGCUUGCCACCGUUACAAAAAUGCUUAGAUUUGAUCGGGGGCGACCCGGCCUGCUCUGAAGCACAGGAUAUGUGCCGCAGUAGUGUUCAAGUUACCAUCAUCAAUGCCGCCAACUUUAACCCCUAUGAUGUUCGCGCGCCAUAUAGUGACCCAUACCCCCCAACCACGUACAUAAAUUAUCUGUCGGCCCCGGAAGUCAUGACAGCUAUUGGCGCUAAAAGCACUUAUUCCGAGUGUUCAAACACAGCAGCAACCAAAUUUUACAAGACUGGUGAUAGCGCUCGCUCCUUCUUGGGCGUAAUGUCUGAAGUCGUUCAAUCCGGCAUCACGGUCUUGAUCUGGGCCGGUGACGCAGAUUGGAUCUGUAACUGGGUGAGCAAUCUUGAAAGUGCGGAAGCUAUCACCUACGAUCAAUCUGCUGCCUUUAAAUCCAAGGCUGAAACUAGCUAUACGGUCAAUGGCAAAGCGAUGGGAACGUUCAAAACUGCAGGAAAUCUGAGUUGGCUGAGAGUGUUUGAUGCCGGGCAUGAGGUGCCAUAUUAUCAGCCGGAGGUGGCAUUCCAGGCAUUUGUACAGACGAUGCAGAAGAAGCCUAUAUCCUCUACGUAA